UGAACACAAUGGAAGAGGACUUCAGCCAGUCGCUGACCCCGCCGGUGUCACCCUUCGUAGGGGAAAGCCAGUGUGAGCUGACCCCAGCCCUGCCACCCUGUUUCUCCUGUGCGUCUGACCCUGGUCGGGAAGACACCCAGCCACUGUCAUCUGACAGUUAUAUUGGCAGGGGCUCCCUGAAACGGUAACGUCUCUAUGAGCACACAGCUAAAGCAUAUUUUAGCAGGCUAAUAUUAUAUUGAACAAAACUAUAAACGCAACAUUUACAAAGAUUUUACUGCGUUACAGUUCAUAUAAGGAAAUCAGUCAAUUUAAAUACAUUAUUACAGACAGAAAUACUCCUCAGACGAUCCCGCAGAUGAAGAAGCCGGAUGUGGAGGUCCUGAUCUGGCGUGGUUAUACGUGGUCUGCGGUUGUGAGGCCGGUUGGACGUACUGGCAAAUUCUCUAAAAUGACGUUGGAGGCAGCUCAUGGUAGAGAAAUUAAGAUUAAAUUAUCUGGCAACAGCUCUGGUGGACAUUCCUGCAGUCAGCAUGCCAAUUGCACACGCCCUCAAAACUUGAGACAUCUGUGGCAUUGUGUUGUGACAAAACUGCACAUUUUAAAGUGGCCUUUUAUUGUCCCCAGCACAAGGUGCACCUGUAUAAUGAUCAUGAUGUUUAAUCAGCUUCUUGAUAUGCCGUACCUGUCAGGUGGAUGGAUUAUCUUGGCAAAGGAGAAAUGCUCACCAACAGGGAUGUAAUCAAAUUUGUGCACAAUUAGAGAGAAAUAUGCUUUUUCUGCAUAUGGAAAAUAUCUGGGAUUUUUUUAUUUCAGCUCAUGAAACAUACGACCACUUUACAUGUUGCGUUUUAUAUUUUUGUUCAGUGUAUAAUCUACUGUAUAAGAGUACAGAGACAUUACAUAAGCCACUUGCCAUGACAUAUGACAGUAUGAAAGUCCCACCUAAUUCAUGGAUGUCUCGCAGUGUUUUUGAAUGGCCUUCAAGAAUAUAUAAUAAAAUUCAUAAAAAAGCGGUCAUUUUAAGAUGUAUGUAAAAUUAUAUUUGUAUUCGUGGAUUAAUUUACUCAAUCAAUCAGAAAUCUUAAUUAAAGGCAUCAGGUAGAAGUAAAUUCAUCCGCAAAUACGAAUACAAUUUUGCACAUCUUAAAUUACUGCGUUUUCAUGAAUUUGACAAUAUAAUCUUGAAGGCCAUUCAAUAACAGCGUGGGACAUGAUCCAGGAAGUAGGUGGGACUUUCAUACCGUAUGUGACACAUAGUAACUCAAAAGAUUGUGGACAGCUGACAACAGUGGACAGAAAUAAUACAUAUUAUGUUGAUCUUGUUAUAUUACAACAGUAUCAUUACCAACAAUAUUGUUUGAGGAAAACUCCCUGUCUUCAGUGUCUUGUAGGCUGCAGCAGAUCUAAGUUACUAUUGUCUUCCAUAGACUGCUGUUGCGUCUGGACCCAGCCCCUGCAGACUAUGAGGAGGACACAGUGGCUAUCUUUGGCUUCCCAUGGGUGACCGAGACUGCUCUGGUGGAAUCUACCAAACUUUUGUUUGGCCUGUUCAGGUGGGAAUAGAGCCAGAUAAUGUGGAGUGUCAUUCAUUUUUUUCAGACUAUGUAUAGCUGCCUCACUGUCUCUAAUUCUCAGGGUUUUGAGGUCAGUGUGUCACAAUUUGUUGUCACCUUUCAGGCAAAAGCUUCUUAAACUAGAGACCCUGGUGCAGUCCAGCUCUCAUGACUUUGGUAAGCUAACUUAAUCUAUACCUUGCUGCUCAUGGAGGAGUUCACAUGUUGAUAUUAUUUGAUAAAGCUUUGUGGUAAUAACCAAGAUACUGCCUGUGUGAUGUGAUUUGGUAUGGUGGUGGUUUGAAAUUUGGUAGUUGUGAUGGGGAAAUCUUGUACUGUUUUUGUUGUACUGUAUGUACUUGACAAUGUUAUGUUUCAGGCCAAGCCAGCAGCCUCCAUUAUGAGGCAGAAGACCUUAGGCAACAGUGUGUGCUGUUUCUCCAAUAUGUCAAAGUCUUCCUAUACAGGUAAUGCUACUGGUCAGUUAUUACUGAUUCUCACUGACUGUGUCCCUGGCCUAGGGCAUAGGCUAUAUUUACUUAGCUAGUUCCAGUAAAACACUGUAAGGAUUAGUUUUUUGUUUAAAAGGUCAAAUGGUCUGACACCUGACUUUUCUGUGACUCCCUGUGUGACUUCUGCACCCUGCAGGUACCUGGAGCCCACCUGUCCCCUGGAGGAGGGCCCCUGUCACCCCUAUGAGGAGCUGGAGGCUCAGCUACCCUCUGCUCUGCUGGAGGAGCUCUUUGGGGUCACCCUCCUCAUAGGGCGCCUCAAAGACCUGCCGGCCAACAUCCAGAGUGCCCUCACCAUACAGCACCAGGGCAAGGUAGCCCCCCCCCCCCCAUACACACACACACACACACACACACACACACAAAAAAAGCAUGAAUAUUGUGAGUGAAUACCAGACCUGGGUUCAAAUAUUGGUGCAUUUGAGUAUCUGGUAUUUAAUAUACAUUUUCUGUGGAUUUGAAUAUUCAAAUACACAGCCCAAAACAAGUAUUUUUAUAUGAGUAUUUGAAUGCAAAAACCAAAUAGUCCGCCAAAUUGUAUUUGACAGUAUGUUCAAAUACUUAUUUAAAAUGCUAUUUUUAAAUACCUGGGUUAAAUGCAUGGGAGUGUAUUUGAGUCAGUGGAUUUCAGUUUUUCAAAUAUUUCCAAAUCCAUUAAAAUAUUCAACUACUUGUCUUUUCAAAGAAAAUAUACAGUACCAGUCAAAAGUUUGGACACACCUACUCAUUCAAGGGUUUUUCUUUAUUUUUUACUAUUUUCUACAUUGUAGAAUAAUAGUGAAGACAUCAAACCUUUGAAAUGACACAUGGAAUCAUGUAGUAACCAAAAAAGUGUUAAACAAAUCAAAAUAUAUUUUAUAUUUGAGAUUCUUCAAAGUAGCCACCCUUUGCCUUGAUGACAGCUUUGCACACUCUUGGCAUUCUCUCAACCAGUUUCACCUAGAAUGCUUUUCCAACAGUUUUGAAGGAGUUCCCACAUAUGCUGAGCACUUGUUGGCUGCUUUUACUUCACUCUGCGGUCCAACUCAUCCCAAACCAUCUCAGUUGGGUUGAGGUCGGGUGAUUGUGGAGGCCAGGUCAUCUGAUGCAGCACUCCAUCACUCUCCUUGGUCAAAAUAGCCCUUACACAGCCUGGAAGUGUGUUUUGGGUCAUUGUCCUGUUGAAAAACAAAUGAUAGUCCCACUAAGCGCAAACCAGAUGGAAUGGUGUAUCGCUGCAGAAUGCUGUGGUAGCCAUGCUGGUUAAGUGUGCCUUGAAUUCUAAAUAAAUCACUGGCACCAGCAAAGCACCAUCACACCACCUCCAUGCUUCACGGUGGGAACCACAGAUGCGGAGAUCAUCCGUUCACCUACUCUGCGUCUCACAAAGACAGAGAGUAAAAGACGGGGCAACCAAAAAUCACAAAUUUGGACAGAUUUCCACCGGUCGAAUGUCCAUUGCGCGUAUUUCUUGGCCCAAGCAAGUCUCUUCUUCUUAUUGGUGUCCUUUAGUAGUGGUUUCUUUGCAGCAAUUCGACCAUGAAGGCCUAAUUCACGCAGUCUCCUCUGAACAGGUUGAUGUUGAGAUGUGUCUGUUACUUGAAGUCUGUGAAGCAUUUAUUUGGCCUGCAAUCUGAGGCUGGUAACUCUAGUGAACUUAUCCUCUGCAGCAGAGGUAACUCUGGGUCUUCCUUUCCUGUGGCGGUCCUCAUGAGAGCCGGUUUCAUCAUAGUGCUUGAUGGUUUUUGCGACUGCACUUGAAGAAACGUUCAAAGUUCUUGACAUUUUCCAGAUUGACUGACCUUCAUGUCUUAAAGUAAUGAUGGACUGUCGUUUCUCUUUGCUUAUUUGAGCUGUUCUUGCCAUAAUAUGGACUUGGUCUUUUACCAAAUAGGGCUAUCUUCUGUAUACCACCCCUACCUUGUCACAACACAACUGAUUGGCUCAAACAUAUUAAGAAGGAAAGAAAUUCCACACAUUAACUUUUAACAAGGCACACCUGUUAAUUGAAAUGCAUUCCAGGUGACUACCUCAUGAAGCUGGUUGAGAGAAUGCCAAGAGUGUGCAAAUCUGUCAUCAAGGCAAAGGGUGGCUAUUUGAAGAAUCUCAAAUAUAACAUAUCAUUUGAUUUGUUUAACACUUUUUUGGUUACAACAUGAUUCCAUAUGUGUUAUUUCAUAGUUUUGAUGUCUUCACUAUUAUUCUACAAUGUAGAAACUAGUAAAAAUAAAGAAAAACCUUUUAAUGAGUAGGUGUGUCCAAACUUUUGACUGUUACUAUAUCUGAAUACCUACUUCGGAUAUAUGUGAAAGUAAUUUAGAUAUUUGAAAUAGUAUUUGAACCCAGGUCUGGUGAAUACACCCUGAUAUGGUUUUAUUGUGUAUCUCCCCUCAGCUGUUUCCUCCCUCCUGGCAUUUGUUACACCUCCACCUGGACAUCCACUGGUCAGUGUUGGAGAUUCUCCACUUGCUGGGGCAGAGGAUGCAAGGUAUGUGUUGUUGUCAUUUAGGCUCUCCUCUAACCUAUCAUAGGGUAAUAUUCCAAGGCAAAACAAAUGACAUACGCAGUACUGUAAAAAUCAAACACGGAUCUGAAAUACACAAUAUGAAGGGAAAGAAAGUUGAGGCUGGUGUUGUCAGGCUGGUGUUGUCAGGCUGGUGUUGUCAGUGUAUUGUAGGUCCACUACAUCCUUAUUUGUCUGUUUGACCUUUGCAGGUCAGGUGGUGUACGCCCACCAGUUUGUGAACCUGACAGGGGAGAACCUGACCAACAACAGCCUGUUUGAGGAGCAUCUCUGCAACCUGCUCUCUGACCUCACUGGCCUGGCCAUGGGCAAAUACAGCAAGGUACUGUGUAUGGGGUUAUACAUGUGUGUUGUGUUCCUUAACAACGCUAACCAUUGAGUAAGCCAUGAGGCAAACCCUUGAAAAAUGCUCCAGGGGCGCCACACUAUGGCUGAACCUGUGCUCCCGUCUCUCUGUGUGGGUGGGUGGUUGUGUCUAAGAGUUGGGGGGGGAGAAAAACAAAAAACAAAUUCCUAAUAACUUUUCGUAUAGUUAUAAUACUGCCUAGAUAGGGUGAAAUCGAUAGGUCAUUUAAAACCUAUAGGCAACAUUUACAGAGUUAGUAGCCUCUUCCGAGGCUGAGGCUUUUGGGGUAAAGGGUAUUCCUAACUCUGUCCUCUGUUGUAGGUAAGGCCUACUGAGGCCCUGACCAGCCAUCACUACCACUGCACCUGCACCAAAGAGCUGUGGAUUCUACUUCUACACUUACUGGAACACAGGAGCAAAGUGUUACACACACAGGUGAACACACACACAUUGAAUGAUUUGGUGACCAUCCGAUUGUAUCUACAAUUAAUCACAUUUGACAUGGUGUUUGUAUUUACAACUGUGUGUGUGCACUUGUGUGUGUUUCCCCCUAGUCUUUCUGGAACUACAUGAACACACUGCUGCGGUCUCUGAUCAGUGGCCAGCCUGUAGCAGAGCAGUACAGUGGGCUCCCUACACACUGUAAAGACCCUCUGGGCUUCACGUGGUGGCUUGUCACUCACUUGGCUGAGCUGGGACAAUACAGCCGCAACGGGGCCUUCCAAAACGAAGUAAUCUACCAGAGAUUAGGGGGCUAUAAGGAGGGGUGUCCUAAACUGUAAAGGGAUGUGAUUUUUCCUGAUUAAUCAGAUAUGGCAGAUUUUUCUGAAAUAUGUCCUCCAUUUAUAGUUGAAACAGUCAAAAUUCUGAUUUGUCCUGAUCACACCCCCUGUUAAGAUGAAAGACAGGCUGCAAUUUUGACUUCUUGCCAUGCUUAUUAGGUUGUAUGUUUUUGUUGGUAAUAUAAUGUAUGCUCUGGUCUCACAGAAACAGCUGGAGGACAACUGGAGUUUUGUGGGUGAGCUGCUCAAGUCCACCUGUAACCCUAAGGUAGGCUCUCGCUCAAAGAGGAUAUGUGGGUUAUGGAUGGGAGCAUGGUUUCUGUGUACAGUUAUAAUUAGUUUGUUCAUUGAUCUGUGAGUGUUGCAGGGAGCGCUACAGGAGGAUCAGAUCAGAAUGCACGUCCACUGCUGCCUGAGUCUGUCUCUGCUAUGGGAACCUAACAGUAGCACUGUCACCACACUCUGGGAGUACUACAGCAAAAACCUGGUAAGGAAGAGCUCUAACACACCACUCUAAAACAUGGAUAAUAUGUAAUGAAUGAUGUGUAUGUCUGUUAUUAUAUACAGCAGAAUUAUGUGCCCAAUAAUCCCCCCCCCUUGGGGACAAUAAAGUUGAUCAUAUCAUGUUGUACUCUUAUCUCUCAAUUAAUGUUGGAUUGAGAAAUAUCCCAUUUACAUUCUCCCCUCCGUCUCCCCCUCUCUCCAGAGCGGUUCGUUCACAGUGCCCUGGUUAGGGGUGUCGGGGCUCGGCAGCGUGAGCAGAACCCCCCUGGCCCUGUUGGAACAGGCCCGGAGCUGCUGCUCCCCCUCACCCCUUCACUCCCCCGGCCACACCCAGCUGUACCGCACAGCCAACUCCUUUCACAUCUUCCUCAGAGUGCUGGCUCUCUACCUGGCCCAGGAGAACGCAGGCUGUGCCCCCUGGAGGCAGAUCAAGGGCAGGUGAGGCGUGUGUGUGUGUGUGUAGGGAUGGGUAACACGGAGGGGUACAGAAAAGGAGGCCAGUUAAACCCCUAAGGUACUCUUUAAAUGGAGCUCAAUUGGUUUAGUUCAAUAUUAUGUUGAUACGAAAUACUGUCCCCUAAGGGGGGAAGGGAGGGCGGUGAAGAUGACAGGUGAGUCCACACUCACAAACGUGACUCUUGACGUGUGUGUGCGGAUGUGUGUGUGCCUGCCAGGUGUGGCACAGCCCCUCUCUGAGGCUUUGCUAUUUGUGUCUCAGGAGGAAUCUCCACCUGCAUCUCCUCUCCUCCCAGCAGAGACCAGCCUAGUCCCACUGAGCCCCACAUAAAACCCACAGCUGCUUCCCAAACUCCCCCAGCCAUGGCUCCACCUUUCUGGGGAGACCAAAGACGAUAAGCCCAUCCAAGCCCAUGGAUCCCAACAUCAGAACGUGGCCUGGGACGGGCCCGGCUGGGCGCCAGCGAGGAGGAUAAAUCCGCCUAAUGACUUCCCUCUGUCUGGAACGUGCUCAGCCGCUCCGCAGACAUGAAGGCUAAUUAGCUAACGAGCAUGGCGGUUAAUUCCCCUUAACGAAGCCGUGUUGGUUUCCAGCACGGAUGGGGGUGGGUGGCGGCAGGGAGGAUGCUGGCAAGGACCGGACUGGGCUGGGCCUGGUCCAGAUUAGAACACCCUCUCUCCCACUCUCUCUGCUCCAGUUCCCUCGAGAAGAGCUGGGCGUGCUUACGGCGUUCCGGCAACGUUACGGCAAAGUUCCCGCUGGCUGGCCCGGCUCCGUGGGAGGCCUGUGGUGGCUGCAUUAAUGGGAUCGACUGGGAGAGCGCUGAUCUCUUAUGCCAGGAGUCGUGAGCAUCUGCUCGCCUCCGGAAAAAGCUGUCCAGGAUAAACAAACACACAUACACACAGACUGUCUGUCUGUCUGACAGACAGAAAACACAGGAUAAAGCCUCUGCUGCCUCCCAACCUGUUACAGCCUAACUGUAUAUCCAUUUCCCACUACUGUUUUUCUCUAAAUGGAUCUCCCUAUCUACCUUCUGUCUCUUUUUCUCAUAUUUUUUCUUGGCUCUUCCUGCCUUAGGUUAUUUCUCUACAUGGAUACCAUCCAUACACCACCUCUCUCUUUCUCACCACUCUCUCUCCCUGUAACAUGUAGCAGAACUUUAGAACCAGUCAUGGUUAGGGCUGUUACGGUGACCCUAUUACCGCCACACCGGCAGUCACAAGUAAUGACUGCAGUCAAAUUCCACGUGACCGUUUAGUCACGGUAACUAGGCUUCUCCAAGCUCUGAUGCUGCUGAUGGUCAUUAGUAGCCUACCAAACUUGCUAACUGCCUGGUACUCAGACUCUAUUGUCCUUCUAAUCACUCUGACAUCAAUGCAAAUGUAAUUGAAAAUCAAAUCAAACAUUUCAUGUGAGCUCAUGUUGCAUAACAUUUCUACAGGCUAUGCAAUUGCGUGGGAAAACAGAGUUUUGAUGGCCUCUAUUAAAAAGAGGAGGAUCCCAUCAGCUUUCAAUAGGCUAGGCCUACUAUAUUUAUUUCUCACGUUCCUAAUAUUAAGCACAUUGCUUCGCUUUACAACAGGAAUAUAGCCUACCUGGCUGGCAUGAAAAUGAACCACGGGAAAGCGUCCUCCAUUCGCUAUUUAAGUGCAUAGAUUACAUGUAUUUUUUCCCCCUGCCCCUAUUCUGAGACAGGUGCAUGAUAAUGGUCCAUUCUAAAUCAAAACUAAUUUCACACAUACACUACCAGUCAAAAGUUUGGACACACCUACUCAUUCAAGGGUUUUUCUUUAUUUUUACUAUUUUCUACAUUGUAGAAUAAUAGUGAAGACAUCAAAACCUAUGAAAUAACACAUAUGGAAUCAUGUUGUAACCAAAAAAGUGUUAAACAAAUCAUGAUAUGUUAUAUUUGAGAUUCUUCAAAUAGCCACCCUUUUGCCUUGAUGACAGCUUUGCACACUCUUGGCAUUCUCUCAACCAGCUUCAUGACGUAGUCACCUGGAAUGCAUUUCAAUUAACAGGUGUGCCUUCUUAAAAGUUAAUUUGUGGAAUUAUUUAUUUCUUAAUGCGUUUGUGCCAAUCAGUUGUGUUGUGACAAGGUAGGGGGGGGGGGGGGGGGGGGGGGGGUAUACAGAAGAUAGGCCUAUUUGGUAAAAGACCAAGUCCAUAUUAUGGCAAGAACAGCUCAAAUAAGCAAAGAGAAACGACCAUCAUUACUUUAAGACAUGAAGGUCAGUCAAUGCGGAAAAUUUCAAGAACUUUUGAAGUUCCUUCAAGUGCAGUCGCAAAAAACAUCAAGCGUUAUGAUGAAACUGGCUCUCAUGAGGACCGCCACAGGAAAGGAAGACCCAGAGUUACCUCUGCUGCAGAGGAUAAGUUCAUUAGAGUUACUUACCAGCCUCAGAAAUUGCAGCCCAAAUAAAUGCUUCACAGAGUUCAAGUAACAGACACAUCUCAACAUCAACUGUUCAGAGGGGACUGUGUGAAUCAGGCCUUCAUGGUCGAAUUGCUGCAAAGAAACCACUACUAAAGGUCAACAAUAAUAAGAAGAGACUUGCUUGGGCCAAGAAACAUGAGCAAUGGACAUAAGACCGGUGGAAACGUGUCCUUUGGUCUGGAGUCCAAAUUGGAGAUUUUUGGUUCCAACCGCCGUGUCUUUGUGAGACGUGGUGUGGGUGAGCGGAUUAUCUCUGCAUGUGUAUUUCCCACUGUAAAGCAUGGAGGAGGAGGUGUUAUGGUGUGGGGGUGCUUUGCUGGUGACACUGUCUGUGAUUUUAUUUAGAAUUCAAGGCACCCUUAACCAGCAUGGCUACCACAGCAUUCUGCAGCGAUACGCAAUCCCAUCUGGUUUGGGCUUAGUGGGACUAUCAUUUGUUUUUCAACAGGACAAUGACCCAAUACACCUCCAGGCUGUGUAAGGGCUAUUUUACCAAGAAGGAGAGUGAUGGAGUGCUGCAUCAGAUGACCAGGCCUGCACAAUCCCCCGAACUCAACCCAAUUGAGAUGGUUUGGGAUGAGUCAGACGGCAGAAUGAAGGAAAAGCAGCCAACAAGUGCUCAGCAUAUGUGGGAACUCCUUCAAGACUGUUGGAAAAGCAUUCCAGGUGAAGCUGGUUGAGAGAAUGCCAAGUGUGCAAAGCUGUCAUCAAGGCAAAGGGUGGCUAUUUGAAGAAUCUCACAUUUAAAAAUAUAUUUUGUUUUAUUUAACACUUUUUGGGUUACUACAUAGGUGUUAUUUCAUAGUUUUGAUGUCUUCACUAUUAUUCUACAAUGUAAAAAAAAAAAGCCUUGGAUGAGUAGGUGUGUCCAAACCUUUGACUGGUACUGUAUAUGAUUUAGUAUAUGUAAAGACAAGAUUAUAUUAAGAAUGGUCUGAUGGAUGACAAUAUGUGGUCCUCUGUAGCUCAGCUGGUAGAGCACGGCGCUUGUAACGUCAAGGUAGUGGGUUCGAUCCCCGGGACCACCCAUACACAACAAAUGUAUGCACGCAUGACUGUAAGUCGCUUUGGAUAAAAGUGUCUGCUAAAUGGCAUAUUAUAUUAUUAUAUAAUAUCAGCCUUUCUCUUGUGAAUUUUGUAUUAUCUAUCACUUGUGAAUGAUGCACAGCGUGUGCAGUAAGGCAAGAAACAGCGCAUGACUUAUUUUUGCGACCUUUUUCAAAUCAUAGUCUCACACCUCAUGUAGCCUGUUGAUAAGGUUUGUAUCACAACUAAAGUGGCCAAAUAACUUCUUAAUAUUAAGCACAUUCAUCCGCUUUACAAUCAGUGUAGAGCCUAACUGGCAUACAUAGGCGACACGUGAGUUUCAAGUUUGUGCUUAUAACCUACUGCCGUGUGCGCAUUGCUGCGCUUAUAAUGUGAAGAAAUAGCCUAAUAGUUUAGCAACAUUUUAAGCUAAACGUUCUGGUUUGUUGCAUCAGCCUUUUAUUAUACCCCCUUUUUCUCCCCAAUUUCGUGAUAUCCAAUUGCGAUCUUGUCUCAUCGCUGCAACUCCCCAACAGGCUCGGGAGAGGCGAAGGUCGAGUUAAGAACCACGCUUCUUAACACCCGCCCGCUUAACCCGGAAGCCAGCUGCACCAAUGUGUAGGAGGAAACACUGUUCAACUGACGACCGAAGUCACAAGCAGCUGCUAGAGCGCGAUGAGCCAAGUAAAGCUCCCCGGCCAAACCCCCCCCCCCCCCCCCCCCCCCCCCCCAACCCGGACGACGCUGGGCCAAUUGUGCGCCGCCCUAUGGGACUCCCGGUCACGGCCGGUUGUGACACAGCCUGGCAUCGAACACGGGAGGCUGCACUACUCGGGAGGCCCAGCCUCGUUGCUUUCAAAAGGUUUUUUGAUGCUAGUGGUUGUAUUAAUUUGGGAUCUAUCGCAUCCCACAACUGUCCCAGAGUAUUUGGAAUAUUUAUUUCUCACACAAGACUAGUUGACCAAUAGAAUAGGUCAAUUUUUGUAUUAUGGGGGAUAGUAAAUUGACACAGGCUAGUGCUUUUGCUGUUCGCUAGGCCUACUCAUCUUGUUGGCUGACAAAGUAAAUGUGGACAGUUCUUCUUACAUCUUCAAUAUGCGCCUCGGAAUUCGAUAAGAAGGACACACGCAGUUGUGUCCCCAAUGUGUCUGUCUUCACUUGUAGCCUACUUUGGAGCUGAGAUGCCUGUGAGAAGGACCCAAUCACGUGACUGGUAUUGGGCUAAUAAGAAUUGAUUGGCAGCCAGGAGAAGGGAAUUAGGAUUAUUAUAUUCAGCCCACAAUGGCCACUUUGGCUGCAAAAGGCAUGGAUUUUUUUAGGGGUUAUUGCGGCCACACAAGGGGAAUGCCGCAGGAAAAUUUGAUGCCUGGAGAGAAUAUAAGUGCUUGUCAAAUCGUGAUCGAGAGACUGAUGGUUCCUCUGUGGAGAUGGGAGAACUUUCCAAAAGGACAACAAUCUCUGCAGCACUCUACCAAUCAGGCCUUUAUGGUAGAGUCGCCAGACGGAAGCCACUCCUCAGUAAAAGGCACAUGACAGCCCGCUUGGAGUUUGCCAAAAGGCACCUAAAGGACUCUCAGACCUUGAGAAACAAGAUUCUCUGGUCUGACGAAACCAAGAUUGAACUCUUUGGCCUGAAUGCCAAGCGUCACGUCUGGAGGAAACCUGGCACCAUCCCUAAGGUGAAGCAUGGUGGUGGAUGUUUUUCAGCGGCAGGGACUGGGAGACUAGUCAGGAUCGAGGGGAAAAAGGAAUGGAGCAAAGUACAUAGAGAUCCUUGAUGAAAACCUGCUCCAGAGCGCUCAGGACCUCAGACUGGGGCGAAGGUUCCCUUUCCAACAGGACAACGACCCUAAGCACACAGCCAAGACAACACAGGAGUGGCUUCGGGACAAGUCUCUGAAUGUCCUUGAGUGGCCCAGCCAGAGCCCAGACCUGAACCCGAUCGAACAUCUCUGGAGAGACCUGAAAAUAGCUGUGCAGCGACGUUCCCCAUCCAACCUGACAGAGCUUGAGAGGAUCUGCAGAGAAGAAUGGGAGAAAACUCCCCAAAAUACAGUGUGCCAAGUUUGUAGCAUCAUACCAAGAAGCUCACGGCUGUAUCGCUGCAAAGGUGCUUCAACAAGUACUAAGUAAAGGGUUGAAUACUUAUGUAAAUUAUUUUUUAGAUUGGUUUGGACUGCGAGAGGCGACUCGGGCCCACUGCUGCGUGCUGAGGUCUGACAUUUACAUGAUCUCUAAAGGCAUUUGUUCACGGUGCCGCAGGAUCUAACAACGGGCGCUGGUUUUUUCUCACACCACACAGGCACACGCACACCUGGCAUGCCUCUAUUAGCACCAGAGAAGAGGGAUGUAGCUUUGUGAUGGAGGAUGGGCGGUCCACACGAUCUUGACUAGAGCAAUGCAAAGUCUCAGUGAAAGCUGAUAAUAGUGGAAUUUCACACCUCAAUUUGAACUGUGACACUACAGAUCUUCAUUUUACUAUGACCAAUGGAAACUCAUGUCCCUUAUUUCUCCUCUCACUCUCUCAUUCGCUCUCCCCCUUCUCUCAUGCUCCUCUCCAGGGUGUACUCCAAGUUCCACCAGCGGCGGAUGCAGGAACUAUCCGAGGCUGGGCUAAUGAACUUCCUGCUGCUGUUCGUUGUGGUGGCCCGGCAGGCUGAGCUGGAGGAUGUAGCCUGCCGGGCCUGUGAGCUGCUGGGCCUGCUCCCUCCGGACUCCCCCCCUGCCCAGCGGAGCCUGGUAUGGAGGGGCCAGCUGGCUCUCUUACUGCUCUUCCAGGAGAGAGGUCUUGACGUGGGGGCCCAAGCUAGCUGGCUGGCCUCCUCCUUCUCUCAGACAGCCAGGGAGUUCUACCUGAAGACCACGGAACCGUCUCGCCGCCUGGCCCUCUGGGGCCCCCUGGGGUCCUACCUGGAGGGCGUGGCCGAGGUGUUUGAGACGAGCGUGAGUCUCGGCCUGUCGGAGGAGAGGCUACUCAACGAGGGGUUCGGUCUGCUGCUGCCCGCUUGCCGCCAGUCGGAGCUGAGCUCCGCCCUGGGCUUUCUGCAGAUCGUGCUGAGGGAGCUACGGUGAGGGAGGGGGUACAAACACUCAGCAACCCCCUGAGACACACUUAACACAAAUGCCCACACACACACUACACAUUGACGAGCGGACAGACAUUGGCAUUAGACAUUGGCCUUAGACCCUACAACUAGAGCCUGGAGUUUUUGCUGGCAUGAUCACGUGAAAAAACUCCUGGCCCUACCUAUCAUUGCUGAUAUCUAGAAGCAGGAGACGGGUCCCCCUUGCCCCCAGCCCAGUCAGGCCCCAGUCCUGACACCUUCAAAGGCAGGAAUGUGCUGUCCUCUGUCCCCCCCUCCAUCCCAAUGGUAAACCCAGCCCAUCCAUUGUGUACGGAGGCCCCUUUCUGUCUCUUGGGGACCAUGUGGCCCCCAGGUCACCUUCAGCAGGUGCUGGCAGAGGUCUGAGUAUAGUUAUGGCCCCUAGGGGCCCCUUUGCAGUCACCAUGGGUAUAGCGGCAGAUCUAGAGUGUGUGGAGUGACUGUGUGGCGGAGAGUGGAGACGGCGUCAGGGUGAGUUCACCAGCGGGCCACGGGUGUGUGUUACACGGACGACCCGAUCAGAGGUCAAAGGUUUAGAGAGAAAGGCACAGGUGAAACCGGUGUCUGUUUUGGUGAGAGAAGAAGUAAAAGGGUAGGACAGAGGCUUCAGGAGGGAGAGGGUGUCUGGUUGUAUCUGAAUGGACCGGACCACUACAAUGUUGUUAUUGUUCAGUUUGGAUUACCCUGAGUCAGCGCUAAUAAAGCAGUAAGCUGCCAGCAAGAAUCCUCACUCACGACUUAAAUGAGUGUGUGCUUGCUUUGACUCUCCUGUGUAUACAUGCACACACUCCCACAGACACAUACCUCCAAGGUGAAACACUAAGUGUGCUAGGGCUGGGAAUUGCCAGGGACCUCACGAUACGAUAUAACGAUACUUAAGUGCCGAUACGCUAUAAAAAAUAAUAUUGCGAUAUUGUCAAAACGAUACGAUAUAUCGUUUUAACAAAUCCAGAUAUGUAACUAUAGAUUUUUCCCCCCAUCACUAAAGUGUCCACUUUUAAUUCAGUCCAGGCAUAUCUCGUUAGCUUCAUUAAUUCAAGAAAAUUCAAGAAACUAUCUCGGGGUUGGAGGGCACUCAUUUGCACAUUAAUGGCAGACGUCGCAGAAGAGAGGAGCGAAAACUCCCAAAGGGGACCGUGUUAUGGCCGAGAUCACGCUGACCCAUUUAACAAAAUAAAAAAGCUCUCUCUCAAAUUCGUCCCGCCAAAUUACGCUUAAUUCUCCGUCUUGGCAGUACUUGAUAUCUCUGUGAUUAAUGUGUUUUCAGUGACACAAUUAACAGGUAAUUAUGUAGUCCUGCAAAUUGUGCCUCGCCGUCAUUGUUUAUUAAGAGCAGAGCAGAAUCUGCACACAUCAAGAGAAUUAUCCCGCCAGAGGCUGCGACCGAGAGGUGUGUGCAUGUGUGUGUACGCGUGUGUGACAACCACUGACUCGGAUGGCCCUCGCCAAGGCCGGCCGCCCAAAGCCAACCAGGAGGCUAAUUCCUCACAUUGCAUUCCAUCCCAUGAUCCUGCGCGUGGGGGCCUGAGACCCCUGUGUCGCCAGAGGGUGUGUGUAUGUGAUGUCUCAGUGCUACACAUUCAGUAUUAUAUUGAGGGGUGGGUGGGGGACAAUUAUCUAAGAUCUUAAUUAAGUGCUCUCCUCCGUAUCUAGACCCUACGCCCCUACACCUUGGCCCUCCAUUGAACCCUGAGUCUCUCUCUAAGGAGCAGUGGAUGGGCAUUAUGGAGAUGGUGCAAUGCAAUAGUUGUUUUUCCCUGUCAUUAUUUAAGGCCCAGUGCAAUCAAAAAUAUAAUUUUCCUGUGUUUUAUAUGUAUUUCCACACUGAGGUUGGAUAACACUGUGUAAAUGUGAAAAUUAUGAUAAUGCCCUUUUAGUGUAAGAGCUGUUUGAAAAUACCGCCUGAAAUUUCAGCCUGUUUUGGUGGGAUGGAGUUUUGGCCUGCCUGGUUACAUCAGUUAAUAGACCAAUAAGAAAGAGAGUUCCAAACCUCUCAGCCAAUAACAGCUAGUUUUCAGUGUUCCCCUCCUCACUCAGACCACUCCCAGACAGUCCUUGCAAAAUUGUUGCUUGAGAAAUUGCUCUUUGCUGAGAAGCUAUUUUUGUUGAUUUUUAGGGAUGUGUAUUUUAAAUAAUUUCACUAUUAGAAUAAUAUCAUUAAUUUUUUUCUGAUAUCCUUAUAGUUGAAAUACAUGUGUUUAAAAAACUGGGGUAAUUGGCUUGCUACGCAGCCUGCACGACUUUGGAGAGAGGUGCUGCUCUGCUUGCUUGAGUUUGACCCGGGAAGGAGAAAGAGGGAGAGAGUAGCCAUACAGAUAGUGCCUUGUCUUGACCACAUCAAAUCGAUGUAAAGAAGCUAGCUAAGAUAGCUAGCUAUCUAGGCUAAUUGAGGCUAUUUUUCUGCGCUUCCCGUCCUUGUCUACAACUCAAUUUAGAUUAAACAACAGCUUACCUGAUGGUUGCUCAUUGUAGCCUACUCCUUCUCAUUUAACUACAGUGGGGGAAAAAAGUAUUUUGUCAGCCACCAAUUGUGCAAGUUCUCCCACUUAAAAAGAUGAGAGAGGCCUGUAAUUUUCAUCAUAGGUACACGUCAACUAUGACAGACAAAAUGAGAGCAAAAAUUCCAGAAAAUCACAUUGUAGGAUUUUUUAUGAAUUUAUUUGUAAAUUAUGGUGGAAAAUAAGUAUUUGGUCACCUACAAACAAGCAAGAUGUCUGGCUCUCACAGACCUGUAACUUCUUCUUUAAGAGGCUCCUAUGUCCUCCACUCGUUACCUGUAUUAAUGGCACCUGUUUGAACUUGUUAUCAGUAUAAAAGACACCUGUCCACAACCUCAAACAGUCACACUCCAAACUCUACUAUGGCCAAGACCAAAGAGCUGUCAAUGGACACCAGAAACAAAAUUGUAGACCUGCACCAGGCUGGGAAGACGGAAUCUGCAAUAGGUAAGCAGCUUGGUUUGAAGAAAUCAACUGUGGGAGCAAUUAUUAGGAAAUGGAAGACAUACAAGACCACUGAUAAUCUCCCUCGAUCUGGGGCUCCACGCAAACUCUCAACCCGUGGGGUCAAAAUGAUCACAAGAACGGUGAGCAAAAAUCCCAGAACCACACGGGGGGACCUAGUGAAUGACCUGCAGAGAGCUGGGACCAAAGUAACAAAGCCUACCAUCAGUAUACACUACGCCGCCAGGGACUCAAAUCCUGCAGUGCCAGACGUGUCCCCCUGCUUAAGCCAGUACAUGUCCAGGCCCGUCUGAAGUUUGCUAGAGUGCAUUUGGAUGAUCCAGAAGAGGAUUGGGAGAAUGUCAUAUGGUCAGAUGAAACCAAAAUAUAACUUUUUGGUAAAAACUCAACUCGUCGUGUUUGGAGGACAAAGAAUGCUGAGUUGCAUUCAAAGAACACCAUACCUACUGUGAAGCAUGGGGGUGGAAACAUCAUGCUUUGGGGCUGUUUUUCUGCAAAGGGACCAGGACGACUGAUCCGUGUAAAGGAAAGAAUGAAUGGGGCCAUGUAUCGUGAGAUUUUGAGUGAAAACCUCCUUCCAUCAGCAAGGGCAUUGAAGAUGAAACGUGGCUGGGUCUUUCAGCAUGACAAUGAUCCCAAACACACCGCCCGGGCAACGAAGGAGUGGCUUCGUAAGAAGCAUUUCAAGGUCCUGGAGUGGCCUAGCCAGUCUUUAGAUCUCAACCCCAUAGAAAAUCUUUGGAGGGAGUUGAAAGUCUGUGUGCCCAGCGACAGCCCCAAAACAUCACUGCUCUAGAGGAGAUCUGCAUGGAGGAAUGGGCCAAAAUACCAGCAACAGUGUGUGAAAACCUUGUGAAGACUUACAGAAAACGUUUGACCUGUGUCAUUGCCAACAAAGGGUAUAUAACAAAGUAUUGAGAAACUUUUGUUAUUGACCAAAUACUUAUUUUCCACCAUAAUUUGCAAAUAAAUUCAUUAAAAAUCCUACAAUGUGAUUUUCUGGAAUUUUUUUCCUCAUUUUGUCUGUCAUAGUUGACGUGUACCUAUGAUGAAAAUUACAGGCCUCUCUCAUCUUUUUAAGUGGGAUAACUUGCACAAUUGGUGGCUGACUAAAUACUUUUUUUCCCCACUGUAACUUAAUUCUGUAAUUUGUAUUCCAUUUUGCAUUGAUUAGAGAUCUCCCACGUUGGUUGCUACACAUGGAGCCACUGUAGACAGUGCCACUUUGAUUGGCCGACAAUAACAACAAAUGCAUUAAACCCGUGUAGGCUACGGUAUGUAUUUUUAUGGGGCGCACAUCAUAAAAACUACACUGAACAAAAAUAUCAACGCAACAUGCAACAAUUUAAACGAUUUUACUGAGUUACAGUUCAUAUAAGGAAAUCAGUAAAUUUAAAUAAAUUCAUUAAACCCUAAUCUAUGGAUUUCACAUGACUGGGAAUACAGAUAUGCAUCUGUUGCUCACAGAUACCUUUAAAAAAAAGGUAGGGGCGUGGAUCAGAAAACCAGUCAGUGUGACCACCAUUUUCCUCAUACAGCGGAACACAUCUCCUUCGCAUAAAGUUGAUCAGGCUGUUGAUUGUGGCCUGUGGAAUGUUGUCACACUCCUCUUCAAUGGCUGUGCAAAGUUGCUGGAUAUUGGCGGGAACUAGAGCACACUGUCGUACACGUUGAUCCAGAGCAUCCCAAACAUGCUCAGUGGGUGACAUGUCUGGUGAGUAUACAGGCCAUGGAAGAACUGGGACAUUUUCAGCUUCCAGGAAUUGUGUACAGGUCUUUGCGACAUGGGGCUGUGCAUUAUCAUGCUGAAAUAUGAGGUAAUGUAGGCGGAUGAAUGGCACAACAAUGGGCCUCCGGAUCUCGACACGGUAUCUCUGUGCAUUCAAAUUACCGAUACAAUGCAAUUGUGUUCGUUGGCCGUAGCUUAUGCCUGCCCAUACCAUAACCCCACCACCACCAUGGGGCACUCUGUUCACAACGUUGACAUCAGCAAACCGCUCUUCCACAUGACGCCAUACACGCUGUGCCAUCUGCCCGGUACAGUUGAAACCGGGAUUCAUCCGUGAAGAGCACACUUCUCCAGCAUGCCAGUGGCCAUUGAAGUCGGUUAUGACGCAAAAUUGCAGUCAGUUCAAUACCCUGUUGAGGACGACGAGCACGCAGAUGAGCAAACCCACAGUUUCAUCAGCUGUCCGGGUGGCAAGUCAGUCUCUGUGUGUGUGUGUGUUAGUGGUUGCGUUUGGGGGAGGGGUUAAGUGGGGUCUCUAAUGGUGUGUGUGUACAGCUAUAAGAAGCGGCAGUGGGGAGGAUUAAGUGGGGUCUCUGACUAUGUCUUGUACAAUGAGGCUUGAUGGGUGUGAAAGGCCCAUUCCGCCGUAGUAACGAGGCUAAUGAAUUCAGACUUUAAUCGAUUGUCUCAGCUCUCUCUGGAUUAGAUGCAACCUUGCUGGAAGGCGCAGGCAGAGGUGUGUGUUUGUGUGUGUGUGAGAGAGAGACGUUUUGGGAGUGCAAGGGGAGCUGGGGGGGUACCAGUACUCACCCCUGCCUCCCUCCCCUCCAUCCCUCUCUCCCUCGCUCCAUCCGGGCGAAUGAGGGGACAGGAGGAUCAUCUCCAGUCUAAAUGAGAUUACAGCUCCUUCAGCUGCUUAUCUGGGCUAAUGCCAGCCGCCGUGGGGCCAAGCAGGCACAGAAACAGCAGCCAGAGCCCAGCCUGUGUACAGGGGAUCAGCCCCGCUCUGCUCUGCCCUGCCCCGCACGACCUAAUCCCCCCAGAGAUGGGAAGAGGGAGAGAGCGAAGAAGGGGGAUGGAGAGAAUGUGAAAGAGAGGAAGGGAACAGAGUAUAGAUAGGGAUGCAGGUGGAGAGGUGGUGUGAAGGAGAGGGAGAUACUGCGUUUCUGUUGAAUAAUUAUGUUAUUGGUGUGUGUGUUUCUCUCCUGUGUGUGUUUGUGUGUGCGUGGGUGUGUUUCUCUCCUGUGUGUUUGUGUGUGUGUCCUACAGGAGGGUCCAUCAGCACAAUGUCCAGCCUGGCCACUCUGCAUGCCCCCCCGGUGCCUGGCCGCCUCCUCCCAAUGCCAGCGUGGGUAAAGAGCGCCACCUAGCGGUGGCAGCAGCUCUCUGGGCCCACUUUUUCCCCUUCCUCUGCAGCCUGCGCCUUUCCAACACCCCUCAUGCCCAGCUGGCUGACGCUGCCGCAGGUCAGACGCACACACUGGGAGAGGGAGAGAGUGGGAGGAAGGGGGAGGAGGAUAAAUGUUCACUGUGCACAACAAUUUCACAUUGUGGGUUGCACACACUAACAAUUGUCUUUCUUAUAAGAUAAUAUACACUGUCUGCCUUUGUCUCACGGUUUCUCUCUCUCUCUCUCUCGUCAGUGAUUUACUCUCAACAUCUUGCAUCUGUGCUUUGUGUUGAGCAUUCAGUGAAAAAUCUUUCCGUUACAGCAUGACUCUAUCAAACUUCUUUGCCAUUGUAGUAACCGUAAGGUAACAUGGUAUGAAUGUUGACUCUCUUUUCCAGGUUUUACUCUGUUGGCCUUUGACCUUCCUAGCUCUGCCCCCCAAGACCUCCAGCCCAACCCCAUCCAGUCCAUCAUGCAGUGCUUCGGCUGGGACGACAUGCUGCACCCCCUGCUAGUCACUCGCUACCUGCCCCACCUGCUCCAGAACAGGUAACAUUACUCCAGUACAUUACCCUAGUAAGCAGGGUCUGAACUCCAAUAAGAAAUGCUUGUUUUUGUUUUCUGUUGCAAAACACUUUGCUACGGAGUUCACUAAUGAAUACGACCCGGGUGUGGUGGCACACAUUGGAGAGGAUCAUUCUGAGAAAGUUGCUGCACAAAAUCACUGACCUACAAAUUCCCUUUGCAUUCCAAACUACUAUCCAUCAUGUGAGUUUAUACAGAUUAGCACAUCUGUGUAGCGCCUUGCUCCGGUGGAACAUAGAUAUUGAGAUAAACUACAUUGCAGUCAGACUGCGCAGAAUCACUGAUCUACAAAUCACCUCGCAUCCCAAAUAACAACUCAUUAUUCAAUCAAGAUUAUCGAUUCUGCGCCUCACCUCACUUGUGUGAUUCCCUUAAACACAUUUGUUGUCUGUUCUAUGUCAAACUGACUCUCUUCACCAGCGAGCUGGUGUAUUCAGUGAGUUACGGCUGUGGAGGUUCCGUGUCAGGCUCAGCCCAGACUCUGUCUGUGAGAGCAUGGUUCCGCUGUGUUCUGCAGCAGCACAUCCACAAGAACCCAGACGGCACCGACAGCAGAGCAGGUACAGAACCUCAAACUAAAACCCUGGACAUCCGACCCCUCUCUCCUGAGAUAAUAAUAUGCAGUGCAUUUGAAAAGUAUUCAGACCCCUUCCCCUUUUUCCACAUUUUGUUACAUUACAGCCUUACACCUUAUUUACAUGAGUAUUCAGACCCUUUGCUAUGAGACUCGAAAUUGAGCUCAGGUGCAUCCUGUUUCCAUUGAUCAUCCUUGAGAUGUUUCUACAACUUGAUUGGAGUCCACCUGUGGUAAAUUCAAUUGAUUUGGACAUGAUUUGGAAAGGCACACACCUGUCUAUAUAAGGUCCCACAGUUGACAGUGCAUGUCAGAGCAAAAACCAAGCCAUGAGGUCGAAGGAAUUGUCCGUAGAGCUCCGAGACAGUAUUGUGUCGAGGCACAGAUCUGGGGAAGGGUACCAAAACAUUUCUGCAGCAUUGAAGGUUCCCAAGAACACAGUGGCCUCCAUCAUUCUUAAAUGGAAGAGGUUUGGAACCACCAAGACUCUUCCUAGAGUUGGCCAACUGACCAAACUGAGCAAUCGGGGGAGAAGGUCCUUGGUCAGGGAGGUGAUGGUCAACCCAUGGUCACUCUGACAGAGCUCCAAGUUCCUCUGUGGAGAUAGGAGAACUUUCCAGAAGGACAACCAUCACUGCAGCACUCCACCAAUCAGGCCUUUAUGGUAGAGUGGCCAGAUGGAAGCCACUCCUCAGUAAAAGGCACUUGACAGCCCGCUUGGAAUUUGCCAAAAGGCACCUAAAGGACUCUCAGACCAUGAGAAACAAGAUUCUCUGGUCUGAUGAAACUCUUUGGCCUGAAUGCCAAGCUUCACGUCUGGAGGAAACCUGGCACCAUCCCUACAGUGAAGCAUGGUGGUGGCAGCAUCAUGUUGUGGGGAUGUUUUUCAACGUCAGGGACUGGUAUACUAGUCAGGAUAGAGGGAAAGCUGAACGGAGCAAAGUACAGAGAGAUCCUUGAUGAAAACCUGCCCAGAGCGCUCAGGACCUCAGACUGGGGCGAAGGUUCACCUUCCAACAGGACAACAACCCUAAGCACACAGCCAAGACAAUGCAGGAGUGGCUUCGGGACAAGUCUCUGAAUGUCCUUGAGUGGCCCAGCCAGAGCCCGGACUUGAACCCAAUCGAACAUCUCUGGAGAGACCUGAAAAUAGCUGUGCAGCGACGCUCCCCAUCCAACCUGACCGAGCUUGAGAGGAUCUGCAGAGAAGAAUGGGAGAAACUCCCCAAAUACAGGUGUGCCAAGCUUAUAGUGUCAUACCCAAGAAGACUCUAGGCUGUAAUCGCUGCCAAAGGUGCUUCAACAAAGUACUCAGUAAAAGGUCUGAAUACUUAUGUAAAUGUGGUUUUUCAGUUUCUUUUUUUAUACAUAAGUUUUUUUGCAAAAAAAAUCUAAAAACGUGUUUGUCAUUAUGGGGUAUUGUGAGUAGAUUGAUGAGGAAAAAACCCAAUAUAAUCAAUUUUCGAAUAAGGCUGUAACAUGACAAUGUGGAAAAAGUCAAGGUGUCUGAAUACUUUCCCGAAUGCACUGUAUGCCAUUUAGCAAACGCUUUUAUCCAAAGAUACUUAGUCAUGCGUGCACACACUGGCCAGGCCUCACUGGUCUCUGUUCAGCAGUCAGCAAUGAAAAUACAUCCUCAGUCAGUUAUGCCACAUUAAAACACUUGUAACCUACACUUCUUGUCUAUUACCAUAUUAGGAUAAUUUACCAUUAGUUUCCCUUUUUAAGUAUGUGUAUUUCUGUAAAGUUUUUUCAGUGUUUUGUUGUGGAGAUGUAAGUAAGUGUUUAUAUGUGUGGCUCAGUUGGAGUGUGGCUCUAGAAACACUUAAGGUCGUGGGUUCAGGUCCCAUAAGGAACUAGUACACAUCCUAAAAAUGGCCAGUAGGUCACUUGGCUGCAUUUACACAGUGAGCCCAAUUUUGAUAUUUUGCCCAAUUAUUGGUCUUUUGACCGAUCAGAUCUUUUGCCAAUAAUUGGGGCAAAAUAUCAGAAUUGGGUUACCUGUGUAAAUACAGUUUUUUGGAUAAAAGUUUCUGCUAAGUGGCAUAUAUGAUUAUUUAUUAUGUGUUACUGCCUUUUUCCAGGCAGGGCUCUGGAGGAGCAGUUGUCAGAGCUCACUAGGCUCGUAUUGAGGCUCCCUGAGGUGGACUCCCUACUGCAGAGGGCUGGGCUGCAGCCUGGAGCCGGCAGCAAGCUAGAGCCCAGGCCUGCUCUGGAGAUGUUCAUCAAGGUACUACACACACAUACAGUGUAACAGGGUAGCACCUCGUCACGCACACACUAACAGGGUAGCACCUCGUCACGCACACACUAACAGGGUAGCACCUCGUCACGCACACACUAACAGGGUAGCACCUCGUCACGCACACACUAACAGGGUAGCACCUCGUCACGCACACACUGUAACAGGGUAGCACCUCGUCACGCACACACUGUAACAGGGUAGCACCUCGUCACGCACACGCAUGCGCACAAGGAUAUUUGCAACAUGCAAGAUACAUACAGUGAGGGAAAAAAGUAUUUGAUCCCCUGCUGAUUUUGUACGUUUGCCCACUGACAAAUACAUGAUCAGUCUAUCAUUUUAAUGGUAGGUUUAUUUGAACAGUGAGAGACAGAAUAACAACAAAAAAAUCCAGAAAAACGGAUGUAAAAAAUGUUAUAAAUUGAUUAGCAUUUUAAUGAGGGAAAUAAGUAUUUGACCCCUCUGCAAAACAUGACUUAGUACUUGGUGGCAAAACCCUUGUUGGCAAUCACAGAGGCCAGACAUUCCUUGUAGUUGGCCACCAGGUUUGCACACAUCUCAGGAGGGAUUUUGUUCCACUCUUCUCUGCAUAUCUUCUCCAAGUCAUUAAGGUUUCGAGGCUGACGUUUGGCAACUCGAACCUUCAGCUCCCUCCACAGAUUUUCUAUGGGAUUAAGGUCUGGAGACUGGCUAGGCCACUCCAGGACCUUAAUGUGCUUCUUCUUGAGCCAUUCCUUUGUUGCCUUGGCCAUGUGUUUUGGGUCAUUGUCAUGCUGGAAUACCCAUCCACGACCCAUUUUCAAUGCCCUGACUGAGGGAAGGAGGUUCUCACCCAAGAUUUGACGGUACAUGGCCCCGUCCAUCGUCCCUUUGAUGCGGUGAAGUUGUCCUGUCCCCUUAGCAGAAAAACACCCCCAAAGCAUAAUGUUUCCACCUCCAUGUUUGACAGUGGGGAUGGUGUUCUUGGGGUCAUAGGCAGCAUUCCUCCUCCUCCAAACACGGCGAGUUGAGUUGAUGCCAAAGAGCUCGAUUUUGGUCUCAUCUGACCACAACACUUUCACCCAGUUCUCCUCUGAAUCAUUCAGAUGUUCAUUGGCAAACUUCAGACGGGCCUGUAUAUGUGCUUUCUUGAGCAGGGGGACCUUGCGGGCACUGCAGGAUUUCAGUCCUUCACGGCAUAGUGUGUUACCAAUUGUUUUCUUGGUGACUAUGGUCCCAGCUGCCUUGAGAUCAUUGACAAGAUCCUCCCGUGUAGUUCUGGGCUGAUUCCUCACCGUUCUCAUGAUCAUUGCAACUCCACGAGGUGAGAUCUUGCAUGGAGCCCCAGGCCGAGGGAGAUUGACAGUUAUUUUGUGUUUCUUCCAUUUGCGAAUAAUCGCACCAACUGUUGUCACCUCACCAAGCUGCUUGGCGAUGGUAUUGUAGCCCAUUCCAGCCUUGUGUAGGUCUACAAUCUUGUCCCUGACAUCCUUGGAGAGCUCUUUGGUGUCACGAGAAUUUCAAUCUCUAAUUAAACUCAAUGCUUUGAAUAAUUCCCAGAGGGUGUAAGGCUCUGGUUUUAAUCAUGAAUUAUACAAAGGUCCACAACCAGCAAGGAUGAUCUGUAUUAUUUAAUCAUGGAGAGCUCUCCCCCCAAAACACAUAUACAGUCUUUAUAUAUGCCUUCACACAAAGGAACUUUGCUCCGCCCACCUUUUAGGCGGCCUGUACAUUUCCACAGUAUAGAAUGAUUAACUAGUUUCUAAGUCCCCUCCCUGUUGGAAUGUUUGUCUCAGCAGUUUCUCACCCCCUCUGUUAGUGGGUUUAUAAUGAUAACCCUAACACAGUUCACACAGUCAUCAUCAAUAUUGGGGUUAACAAUUUUAGUCAUAAUCAUAAUUCCUCUAUUAUUUGGUCUUGGCCAUGGUGGAGAGUUUGGAAUCUGAUUGAUUGAUUGCUUCUGUGGACAGGUGUCUUUUAUACAGGGAACAAGCUGAGAUUAGGAGCACUCCCUUUAAGAGUGUGCUCCUAAUCUCAGCUCGUUACCUGUAUAAAAGACACCUGGGAGCCAGAAAUCUUUCUGAUUGAGAGGGGGUCAAAUACUUAUUUCCCUCAUUAAAAUGCAAAUCAAUUUAUAACAUUUUUGACAUGCGUUUUUCUGGAUUUUUUUGUUGUUAUUCUGUCUCUCACUGUUCAAAUAAAUUAAAAUUAUAGACUGAUAAUUUCUUUGUCAGUGGGCAAACGUACAAAAUCAGCAGGGGAUCAAAUACUUUUUUUCCUCACUGUACAGGUAACUGCUAAAAUAAUAAUAAUAAUUAAUUAUAAUAUGCCAUUUAGCAGACGCUUUUAUCCAAAGCGACUUACAGUCAUGCGUGCAUAAAUUUUUUUUUUUGGUGUGUAUGGAAAGACUUGAGUAAACGAGGGAUACAAAGUAUAUUGAAAGCAGGUGCUUCCACACAGGUGUGGUCCUGAGUUAAUUAAGCAAUUAAUAUCCCAUCAUGCUUAGGGUCAUGUAUAAACAUGCCCAUUAUUUUGGCUACCAUGGCUAGAAGAAGAGAUCUCUGUGACUUUGAAAGAGGAGUCUCAAAGUAGCAUGGGGUGUUUAAAGGGUGUGUUUGUGUGUGCGUGUCUCAAUCACCAGAUCCCAACCCAAUUGAACACUUAUGGGAGAUUCUGGAGCGGCGCCUGAAACUGCGUUUUCCACCACCAUCAACAAAAUACCAAAUGAUGGAAUUUAUCUUGGAAGAAUGGUGUCGCAUCCCUCCAAUAGAGUUCCAGACCUUUGUAGAAUCUAUGCCAAGGGGCAUUGAAGCUGUUCUGGCUUGUGGUGGCCCAACGCCCUAUUAAGACACUUUAUGUUGGUGUUUCCUUUAUUUUGGCAGUUACGUGUAUAUCAACAGCAAACGCUGAAAGGCAAGUCUGCAUUUCCAUACAAAUACACCUUAAAUACAUUGUCGCUUUUGUAUUUUUCUCUCUCAGGCUGUGGGGCGUGUGUACAGUGGGCUGCAGGUGUUGUCUGAGCGUUCUGUCAUGGUCGCCCGUGCUCUGGACUACACAGGGGACAUCAUGAAGUAUAUCAAACCCUACCUGGUCAAUAAGAGUCCUCAGGAGGGGCUGCUGCUGGCCUACUGGGCUGUGGGUGGGUAUAUGCAUCACUGAGGCCUACCCCUAUCCCCCUAGGCAUUUGUGUGAAUCUGUAAGGACUGGAUAAGUGUAAGGUGGAGCUAUAACCAUAUUGCUUCUACCUAUUCAAUCAUUUUGGAUCUCCACAAGUGCAUAGAAAAUAUAUUGGCUAGAGGUCAAUUUGGUAUUGGGCGAGAAGGAAUCAGCAUGUUUGAGAGUAUCAGGAUAUGAACAAGAUGAGCAAUUCUGCCCAGUGACUUGCUUCGAGUCUAUCUCCUCAAACACGUUGAAUGUCUGUCAUCCUUGGUGUUGACUGUGUGUGUGCGUGUGUUCUCAGGGUGCGUGGUGAAGCACUGGAGUCCCCUACUGGCCACCUCCAAGGCCCAGCAGCUGCUGUUCAACAUUGUCAACGGGCUGCUCCUCCCUAACUCUCUGUCCGGGUUGGACAAGGCCUUGAGGGACAGCCUGCCCCUCUACCUGCAGGUGGGGGACACACGCGCACACACACCUGCGAACACACACACAUGCAAGCACACUCUCGCACACAGACACACAUACCCACACACACACACUCCCUCUACCUAAACAUCAUGUUACUGACUACCCCAGUUUGGAUACUUCAGAAAAAAAGUAUUGUUUGGAUACUUCCAAAAGUACUAACAGGGUUGGAGGGGAGGAAAGAAAAAUGUAGAGAUAUUUUCCAUCAGCAUUAGUAAUACUAUACUAACUGACCUUCUCUCUGUCUCUCCUGUUUCACUCCUUUCCUCCCCUCCAGGGUCUGUCUAUAGCAGCCAGUAUGUCUCAGUCUCAGGGGGCCUACCUGAAGAAGCAGCUCCGCGAUGUCAUCUCCAAGUACCUGGACCACUUCCUGCCUGCCACACCAUCGGUUGGGGCCAUAGCCAAUCACCCGGUGCUGCUGGCAGCCUGCGAAUCCACGCCCACCCCGUGUGGGGCAGUGCUGAGAAGGAGCAUCCUGCAGGUGAUCAGGUAAGAUUCUGACGCUCUGGGUAGAGAUUGCUCUUAGGUACAGAUCCAGGAUCAGUUAACCCUGCCCAAAUCCUCACCUUUAAUAAUUAGGGAGGGGAAUGCAAAGCCAAACUGACCUUGGAGCAGUGUCUCAGGACAACUUCAUCCUACUCCACCUUGACAGCCUCCUUAGAGCAUCUACUAAAUGGCCAGACAUUACUGGCUCUGUGUCAUACCUCUUCUAUGUCUCUCCAUAGUGAGAACUUCCUGCAGUUCAAAGUCCACGCCCCUCCUCCCCGCCUGGCCACGGUCCUGGCCUUCCUAUUAGAGCUGCUGAGACGGAACAAUGACAAUGACCCCGCCCUACUCACCAUGCCCCUCCCCUCUCUGCUCCGCUGCCUGAAACUUGUCAACGAGCCUCAUGGUGAGAGUACACAAAUAAAGACACGUAUACACAGUAAUCCUAUUUGUGAACAAUAUGUGAACAUGCUUGCUCCUAUGGGUAGUGUUUUUAUAGGUUUUCGUGUGUGUGCAUGUGGUAACUAGUCUAACAGCAGCUGUGCGUUCACAGUGAGGAGGACCAGUACAGAGGCCCUGCAGCUGGUGGUGGGGAGAUGUUCAGUCGCCGCAGGGGAUGCACCAUGUAACCAGACCGUCACUGUUCUACGGUGAGUGACACCAACUACCGUAGCCUUUACUCUUCCUCUCUGCACUUGACUCGUGUCUAUUAUUGUGCACCGUAGCAAAAUGUUUUCAAACGUUGGACAAGUUCGUAUAAUACCUCCCUGUUUCACUCAGUUCCCAACAUUUUCUUCCAUUUCGUGCCCUACUGAACAUGACACUGUUCUAGGGCAGCCAUGCUAUUGACCAUCACGGUUAGACAUUUUUAUAUAUCUGCAAUGCUUUGUGUGUGUGUGUGUGUAUAAAGCAUGUACAUUGGUGUUACAGUAUCUCUAUGUCUUACUGUGUCUGUGUGUUCAGGUCCUUUGUGGAGGAGAACGAGGGGGUGUAUGACAGACAGGUGUACAGUGUUCUGGAGACGAUAGCGGUUCUGGACAGUCAUGUGGUCCAGGUCCUGAUCCCUGUUCUGUCGCUGAGUCUGAGAAAUACAGAACACAAGAGAGGACUGGGCAAGAACACCACACUGAGGUAGAGUUCUAAACCCAUUCCCAACCACUAGUCUAACCUAACCUAGACAUAAUCCUAUUUUUAUGGAACCAUUAUCGCACGGUAUAAAUUGCGUGGUGGCCUAUGUGGGGAAAACAUCUGAAGUGUCGGGAAUAUUAAAAUGCUUUACAGUAGUCAAAAAACCUUCAUUACAGAUACCAAACCACAUCAUUAAUAAAAACACACAACCCCCAACACACAUACAUAUAUAUAUAUAUAUACACACACACACAGUGGGGAGAACAAGUAUUUGAUACACUGCCAAUUUUGCAGGUUUUCCUACUUACAAAGCAUGUAGAGGUCUGUAAUUUUUAUCAUAGGUACACUUCAACAAUCUAAAACAAAAAUCCAGAAAAUCACAUUGUAUGAUUUUUAAGUAAUUAAUUUGCAUUUUAUUGCAUGACAUAAGUAUUUGAUCACCUACCAACCAGUAAGAAUUCCGGCUCUCACAGACCUGUUAGUUUUUCUUUAAGAAGCCCUCCUGUUCUCCACUCAUUACCUGUAUUAACUGCACCUGUUUGAACUCGUUACCUGUAUAAAAGACACCUGUCCACACACUCAAUCAAACAGACUCCAACCUCUCCACAAUGGCCAAGACCAGAGAGCUGUGUAAGGACAUCAGGGAUACAAUUGUAGACCUGCACAAGGCUGGGAUGGGAUACAGGACAAUAGGCAAGCAGCUUGGUGAGAAGGCAACAACUGUUGGCUCAAUUAUUAGAAAAUGGAAGAAGUUCAAGAUGACGGUCAAUCACCCUCGGUCUGGGGCUCCAUGCAAGAUCUCACCUCGUGGGGCAUCAAUGAUCAUGAGGAAGGUGAGAAUUCAGCCCAGAACUACACGGCAGGACCUGGUCAAUGACCUGAAGAGAGCUGGGACCACAGUCUCAAAGAAAACCAUUAGUAACACACUACGCCGUCAUGGAUUAAAAUCCUGCAGCGCACGCAAGGUCCCCCUGCUCAAGCCAGCGCAUGUCCAGGCCCGUCUGAAGUUUGCCAAUGACCAUCUGGAUGAUCCAGAGGAGGAAUGGGAGAAGUUCAUGUGGUCUGAUGAGACAAAAAUAGAGCUUUUUGGUCUAAAACACCAUCCCAACUGUGAAGAAUGGAGGUGGAAACAUCAUUCUUUGGGGAUGCUUUUCUGCAAAGGGGACAGGACGACUGCACAGUAUUGAGGGGAGGAUGGAUGGGGCCAUGUAUCGCGAGAUCUUGGCCAACAACCUCCUUCCCUCAGUAAGAACAUUGAAGAUGGGUCGUAGCUGGGUCUUCCAGCAUGACAACGACCCGAAACACACAGCCAGGGCAACUAAGGAGUGGCUCCGUAAGAAGCAUCUCAAGGUCCUGGAGUGGCCUAGCCAGUCUCCAGACCUGAACCCAAUGGAACAUCUUUGGAGGGAGCUGAAAGUCCGUAUUGCCCAGCGACAGCCCCGAAACCUGAAGGAUCUGGAGAAGGUCUGUAUGGAGGAGUGGGCCAAAAUCCCUGCUGCAGUGUGUGCAAACCUGGUCAAGACCUACAGGAAACAUAUGAUCUCUGUAAUUGCAAACAAAGGUUUCUGUACCAAAUAUUAAGUUCUGCUUUUCUGAUGUAUCAAAUACUUAUGUCAUGCAAUAAAAUUCAAAUUAAUUACUUAAAAAUCAUACAAUGUGAUUUUCUGGAUUUUUGUUUUAGAUUCCGUCUCUCACAGUUGAAGUGUACCUAUGAUAAAAAAUUACAGACCUCUACAUGCUUUGUAAGUAGGAAAACCUGCAAAAUCGGCAGUGUAUCAAAUACUUGUUCUCCCCACUGUGUGUGUAUAUAUAUAUAUAUUACACACACACACACACACACACACACACACAAACACACAGUUGAAGUCGGAAGUUUACAUACACCUUAGCCAAAUACAUUUAAACUCAGUUUUCCACAAUUCCUGACAUUUAAUCCUAGUAAAAAUUCCCUGUCUUAAGUCAGUUAGGAUCACCACUUUAUUUUAAGAAUGUGAAAUGUCAGAAUAAUAGUAGAGAGAAUGAUUUAUUUCAGCUUUUAUUUAUUUAAUCACAUUCCCAGUGGGUCAGAAGUUUACAUACACUCAAUUAGUAUUUGGUAGCAUUGCCUUUAAAUAGUUUAACUUGGGUCAAACGUUUCGGGUAGCCUUCCACAAGCUUCCCACAAUAAGUUGGGUGAAUUUUGGCCCAUUCCUCCUGACAGAGCUGGUGUAACUGAGUCAGGUUUGUAGGCCUCCUUGCUCGCACAUGCUUUUUCAGUUCUGCCCACACAUUUUCUAUAGGAUUGAGGUCAGGGCUUUGUGAUGGCCACUCCAAUACCUUGACUUUGUUGUCCUUAAGCCAUUUUGCCACAACUUUGGAAGUAUGCUUGGGGUCAUUGUCCAUUUGGAAGACCCAUUUGCGACCAAGCUUUAACUUCCUGACUGAGGUCUUAAGAUGUUGCUUCAAUAUAUCCACAUCAUUUUCCUUCCUCAUGAUGCCAUCUAUUUUGUGAAGUGCACCAGUCCCUCCUGCAGCAAAGCACCCCCACAGCAUGAUGCUGCCACCCCCAUGCUUCAUGGUUGGGAUGGUUUUCUUCGGCUUGCAAGCAACCCCCUUUUUCCUCCAAACAUAACGAUGAUCAUUAUGGCCAAACAGUUCUAUUUUUGUUUCAUCAGACCAGAGACAUUUCUCCAAAAAGUACGAUCUUUGUCCCCAUGUGCAGUUGUAAACCGUAGUCUGGCUUUUUUAUGGCGGUUUUGGAGCUGUGGCUUCUUCCUUGCUGUGCGGCCUUUCAGGUUAUGUCGAUAUAGGACUCGUUUUACUGUGGAUAUAUAUACUUUUGUACCUGUUUCCUCCAGCAUCUUCACAAGGUCCUUUGCUGUUGUUCUGGGAUUGAUUUGCACUUUUCGCACCAAAGUACGUUCAUCUCGAGGAGACAGAACUCGUCUCCUUCCUGAGCGGUAUGAUGGCUGCGUGGUCCCAUGGUGUUUGUACUUGCGUACUAUUGUUUGUACAAAUGAAGGUGGUACAUUCAGGCGUUUGGAAAUUGCUCCCAAGGAUGAACCAGACUUGUGGAGGUCUACAAUUAUUUUUUUGAGGUCUUGGCUGAUUUUCUUUAGAUUUUCCCAUGAUGUCAAGCAAAGAGGCACUGAGUUUGAAGGUAGGCCUUGAAAUACAUCCACAGGUACACCUCCAAUUGUACUCAAAUGAUGUCAAUUAGCCUAUCAGAAGCUUCUAAAGCCAUGACAUCCUUUUCUGGAAUUUUCCAAGCUGUUUAAAGGCACAGUCAACUUAGUGUAUGUAAACUUCUGACCCACUGGAAUUGAGAUACAGUGAAAUAAUCUGUCUGUAAACAAUUGUUGGAAAAAUUACUUGUGUCAUGCACAAAGUAGAUGUCCUAACCGACUUGACAAAACUAUAGAUUAUUAAAAAGAAAUUUGUGGAGAGGUUUAAAAACGAGUUUUAACGACUCCAACCUAAGUGUAUGUAAACUUCCGACUUCAACUGUAUACACAGUGCAUUCGGAAAGUAUUCAGACCCCUUUCUUUUUUCCAUAUUGUUACGUUACAGCCUUAUUCUAAAAUUGAUUAAAUUAUUUUUUCCCCUCAUCAAUCUACACACAAUACCCCAUAAUGACAAAGUCAAAACAGGUUCUUAGAAAUGUUUGCAAAUGUAUUUUUUUUUUAAACGGAUACGUUAUUUACAUAAGUAUUCAGACCCGAAAUUACGCUCAGGUGCAUCCUGUUUCAAUUGAUCAUCCUUGACAUGUUUCUACAACUUGAUUGGAGUCCACCUGUGGUAAAUUCAAUUGAUUGGACAUGAUUUGGAAAGGCACACACCUGUCUAUAUAAGAUCCCACAGUUGACAGUGCAUGUCAGAGCAAAAAUCAAGCCAUGAGGUCAAAGGAAUUGUCUGUAGAGCUCCGAGACAGGAUUGUGUCGAGGCACAGAUCUGGGGAAGGGUACUAAAACAUUUCUGCAGUAUUUAAGGUCCCCAAGAACACAGUGGCCUCCAUCAUUCUUAAAUGGAAGAAGUUUGGAACCACCAAGACUCUUCCUAGAGCUGGCCGCCCGGCCAAACUGAGCAAUCGGGGGAGAAGGUCCUUGGUCAGGGAGGUGACCAAGAACCCGAUGACAGAGCUCCAGAGUUCCUCUGUGGAGAUGGGAGAACCUUCCAGAAAGACAACCAUCUCUGUAGCACUCCACCAAUCAGGCCUUUUAUGGUAGAGUGGCCAGACGGAAGCCACACCUCAGUAAAAGGCACAUGACAUCCCGCUUGGAGUUUGCCAAAAGGCACCUAAAGGACUCUGACCAUGAGAAACAAGAUUCUCUGGUCUGAUGAAACCAAGAUUGAACUCUUUGGCCUGAAUGCCAAGUGUCACGUCUGGAGGAAACGUGGCAGCAUCCCUACGGUGAAGCAUGGUGGUGGCAGCAUCAUGCUGUGGGGAUGUUUUUCAGCGGCAGGGACUGGGAGACUAGGGAAAGUCAGGAUCGAGGGAAAGUUGAACGGCGCAAAGUACAGAGAGAUCCUUGAUGAAAACAUGCUCAGGACCUCAGACGGUGGCGAAGGUUCACCUUCCAACAAGACAACGACCCUAAGCAUACAGCCAAGACAACGCAGGAGUGGCUUCGGGACAAGUCUCUGAAUGUCCUUGAGUGGCCCAGCCAGAACCCGAUCAAACAUCUCUGGAGAGACUUGAAAAUAGCUGUGCAGCGACGCUCCCCAUCCAACCUGACAGAGCUUGAGAGGAUCUGCAGAGAAGAAUGGGAGAAAUACAGGUGUGCAAAGCUUGUAGUCAUACCCAAGAAGAUUCAAGGCUGUAAUCGCUGUAAAAGGCGCUUCAACAAAGUACUGAGUAAAGGAUCUGAAUACUUAUGUAAAUGUGAUAUUUCCGUUUUUUAUUUGUAAUAAAUUUGCAAACAUUUCUAAAAACCUGUUUUUGCUUUUUUCAUUAUGGGGUAUUGUGUGUAGAUUGAUGAGUGGGAAAAAACAAUGUUAUCAAUUUUAGAAUAAGGCUGUAAUGUAAUUUUGGGGGGAAAACGUCAAGGGGUCUGAAUACUUUCCAAAUGCACUGCAUAUAUACGGUGAACCCUGAUGCAGUGUUCAGUGACACAGUCAACUCUUUGUAUGAAAUAUACUGGAUCUUGUGCGGUGACAUCUUUGAGUCAUUUUGUGACCCCCCUCUCACUCACACUCUCUGCAUGUGUGACAGGAAUGCAUACAGGAAUUUGCUGACCCUGCUUGGGGACGGUGGUCAGGCGGAGAUCAUCAGCCUGGAGGAGGACUGACCCCAGGACCAGGUCACCAUGCUGUUGACCCCAACACCACUGGGCUUGAAAUUAAUGUAUAUACAUAUACAUAAUGUAUAGAAAUUGUCCUGUUGGAGUUAUACAGAUCAUAAUUUAUGAUCAAGUUUCCAUCUUCACGUUGAAAUAUUUUUCAAAAAGGUGUUAAGAAAUUAAAUAAUGUGCUGAAAUUUUUUUUGUCGGAUUUCAGUUUCCUAAUUUCACAGGCUUGGAACAUAGAGAUAGAAGAACAACAUAUUAUACAGUGGGGAAAAAAAGUAUUUAGUCAGCCACCAAUUGUGCAAGUUCUCCCACUUAGAAAGAUGAGAGAGGCCUGUAAUUUUCAUCAUAGGUACACGUAAACUAUGACAGACAAAAUGAGAAAAAAAAUCCGGAAAAUCACAUUGUAGGAUUUUUUAUGAUUUUAUUUGCAAAUUAUGGUGGAAAAUAAGUAUUUGGUCAAUAACAAAAGUUUCUCAAUACUUUGUUAUAUAUAUACCCUUUGUUGGCAAUGACACAGGUCAAACGUUUUCUGUAAGUCUUCACAUAGUUUUCACACACUGUUGCUGGUAUUUUGGCCCAUUCCUCCAUGCAGAUCUCCUCUAGAGCAGUGAUGUUUUGGGGCUGUCGCUGGGCAACACGGACUUUCAACUCCCUCCAAAGAUUUUCUAUGGGGUUGAGAUCUGGAGACUGGCUAGGCCACUCCAGGACCUUGAAAUGCUUCUUACGAAGCCACUCCUUCGUUGCCCGGGCGGUGUGUUUGGGAUCAUUGUCAUGCUGAAAGACCCAGCCACGUUUCAUCUUCAAUGCCCUUGCUGAUGGAAGGAGGUUUUUACUCAAAAUCUCACGAUACAUGGCCCCAUUCCUUCUUUCCUUUACACGGAUCAGUCGUUCUGGUCCCUUUGCAGAAAAACAGCCCCAAAGCAUGAUGUUUCCACCCCCAUGCUUCACAGUAGGUAUGGUGUUCUUUGGAUGCAACUCAGCAUUCUUUGUCCUCCAAACACGACGAGUUGAGUUUUUACCAAAAAGUUCUAUUUUGGUUUCAUCUGACCAUAUGACAUUCUCCCAAUCCUCUUCUGGAUCAUCCAAAUGCACUCUAGCAAACUUCAGACGGGCCUGGACAUGUACUGGCUUAAGCAGGGGGACACGUCUUGCACUGCAGGAUUUGAGUCCCUGGCGGCGUAGUGUGUUACUGGUGGUAGGCUUUGUUACUUUGGUCCCAUCUCUCUGCAGGUCAUUCACUAGGUCCCCCCGUGUGGUUCUGGGAUUUUUGCUCACCGUUAUUGUGAUAAUUUUGACCCCACGGGGUGAGAUCUUGCGUGGAGCCCCAGAUCGAGGGAGAUUAUCAGUGGUCUCUGAGAUCUCCUGAGUGGCGCAGUGGUCUAAGGCACUGCAUCGCAGUGCUAACUGUGUCACUAGAGAUCCUGGUUCGAAUCCAGGCUCUGUCGCAGCCGGCCGCGACCGGGAGACUCAUGGGCGGCGCACAAUUGGCCCAGCGUCGUCCAGGGUAGGGUAGGGGAGGGGAGGGAAUGGCCGGCAGGGAUAUAGCUCAGUUGAUAGAGCAUGGCGUUUGCAACGCCAGGGUUGUGGGUUCGAUUCCCACGGGGGGCCAGUAUAAAAAAAAAACACAAAAAAAAUGUAUUCACUAACUGUAAGUCGCUCUGGAUAAGAGCGUCUGCUAAAUGACUAAAAUGUAAAUGUAAAUGUAAAUGUAAAUGUAAUGUAAUGUCUUGUAUGUCUUCCAUUUCCUAAUAAUUGCUCCCACAGUUGAUUUCUUCAAACCAAGCUGCUUACCUAUUGCAGAUUCAGUCUUCUCAGCCUGGUGCAGGUCUACAAUUUUGUUUCUGGUGUCCUUUGACAGCUCUUUGGUCUUGGCCAUAGUGGAGUUUGGAGUGUGACUGUUUGAGGUUGUGGACAGGUGUCUUUUAUACUGAUAACAAGUUUAAACAGGUGCCAUUAAUACAGGUAACGAGUGGAGGACAGAGGAGCCUCUUAAAGAAGAAGUUACAGGUCUGUGAGAGCCAGAAAUCUUGCUUGUUUGUAGGUGACCAAAUACUUAUUUUCCACCAUCAUUUGCAAAUAAAUUCAUAAAAAAUCCUACAAUGUGAUUUUCUGGAUUUUUUUCCUCAAAUUGUCUGUCAUAGUUGACGUGUACCUAUGAUGAAAAUUACAGGCCUCUCUCAUCUUUUUAAGUGGGAGAACUUGCACAAUUGGUGGCUGACUAAAUACUUUUUUCCCCCACUGUACAUUUAACUAUUUAUAUGGUGUGAUAGUAACUACUGAUAGUAGACAAAUAGGAUCUCUGUGUGCUAAUGCACUCUUUGUGUUGGCCCAACUUUACAGGCAGAACCACCUCCUUUCCUGACACUGUAUCCCUCAUCAGAUACAGCCAGAGUCCGAAAGAUUACUUCUGCUUUUCCCAUUCCCUUUUUCCUUUGCAAUCAGGCUUCAUUUCAGCAGUCAUAAUUUCACGCCUGGUCCAACUUGAGGUGUCCUAAAAAAAAUGCACCCCCCUCCCCAAUGUAAAAAAUAUUUUCACAUGACCCUCCCC